AGGGGUUUCCUCAAAUAGGUUCAGGUAUGGAAUUGCAUUUGUUGUACAAGGAAUCUCACUCAGAUAUGACAAGGCUGUGAAUUUAGCUUUGAUUAUUCUCUUUUGUCUUUCUCUUUUACUUUCCUUCUUCUGAUUCACCUUCUGAGGAUAUCAUAACAUUUUGCUAUCCAAGAUGGCGAUACAACUAUCCAAAGCAAGAUAUUCCCUUCAAAACCAAACUACUCGUAUCAUUAAAAUAUUCUCUAUUAUUGUCUUCUUCUACAUCUGCACGUAUUUUCUUCUACCCCGAAUACAAUCCACCCCUCUCACCAUCACCGAAGAAGAUAUAUCCUUUGAACAGCGCACCGCUCACAUCAACAACAACUUCCUUCCCGCCUCCACCUCAGACCAAAUAUGUGCUUCUCACUCCCUUACAUCCUAUCCCGAUCGUUCGCAAAAACGUAAGAUAUACGAUCUCUUUAUGGUCAAUUCCGAGCUAGAUUGGCUCGAAAUCCGUCUCAAUGAAAUGAACACCGAGGUAGAUUAUUUUGUCAUCCUCGAAGCGCCAACCACCUUUACCGGUCUUGCGAAAAACAUGACCUUUCAAGAACAUCGAGCCAAAUUUUCUGCUUUCGAGGAUAAAAUCAUCUAUCACGUUUUGACCGAUGCUCCUCCCCCAGUCUCCAACACCACAUUACCCGGCUCCAAAGAAUACGAAGCGAAUGCAUGGAUCCAAGAGAAAUUCCAACGGGACGCCAUGUUCACCCAGGUAUUUCCCAAGCUGGUGGGCGAACAGAAACCUAACGAAGGAGAUGUGAUACUCGUCUCCGAUAUUGACGAGGUAAUUCGACCUGCUUCUCUUCAAGUCCUGCGCAAUUGUGUUUUCCCCGUGAUUCUUACACUGCGCUCUCAAUUCUACUACUAUUCCUUUCAAUUUCGACACCGAGGAGAGCAGUGGGCACAUCCUCAAGCGACAUUCUAUCGGGGCCUAGAAAAUACUAUCAAACCGCAUAGUUUACGUAGUCGCCAUGGGGGACACGUACAGGUGGACGAAAGAGAUAGUAAAAGUAUCGGAAAUUUGUGGAAUGCGGCCUGGCAUUGUAGCAGUUGUUUUAGUACACUCAAGGAGAUGAGAAGGAAGAUGGAGAGUUUCAGUCAUACAAAUUUGAACAAGCAGGAGUUCAGAAUGACGGAUAGGAUCGUGGAUAGAGUGGGAAGAGGGAAGGAUUUGUGGGAUAGAUUUGGUCAGUGGUACAAAAGAAUAGACAACAACAACGACAUCCCUAGCUAUAUCAAAGAUCACCGAUCCAAAUUUGGAUACAUGGUUGAUCGCGAUGGCGAAGGGGCCGGAUUUGUCGAUUACGAUGAAGUUAUUGCGCAAGAAAAAAAGGAAAUAGAUUUGAUUUGAGAACUUUAUGGAUAAAGUCUUUAAUGUUAUAAUAUGGUAUAUUUUAUGAGGACAUUUGCACUAGCAUUUACGUCAGGAGUUUGGGUUUUGGAUAGAUGAUUGGUUACAUUUCUUGGAGUUUGGAACCAGAGCGCAAGAUUCCCUAUGUUUGAAGAUUCGGUAAAUGAGAUGAAGAAGGAAAAGAAGAAGAGUGAAAUUUCACAUACUCUAGAAAGGGGCAUAUUUAGGAUUUCUAUCACGUCUCUCUAGGGGUCUUUGAGAGAGGGCAGCUGUGGAUUUUAAUAGAGAGGAGACACUCCAACUGAGAGUAUUGUACUAUAUGCAUAAUGAGCAUACUGCAAACAUUCAAACGAAAAAUUAGACUU